GCCAAUCAGCGGCGGCGUCGCUUGUGCGACUCCACGUCGGCACCAGCUGCGGGGCAAGAUGGAGGCGCUGAUUUUGGAACCCUCCCUGUAUACUGUCAAAGCCAUCCUGAUUCUGGACAAUGAUGGAGAUCGACUUUUUGCCAAGUACUAUGACGACACCUACCCCAGUGCCAAGGAGCAAAAGGCCUUUGAGAAGAACAUUUUCAACAAGACCCAUCGGACUGACAGUGAGAUUGCCCUCUUAGAAGGCCUGACGGUGGUGUACAAAAGCAGUAUCGACCUCUAUUUCUACGUGAUUGGCAGCUCCUAUGAGAACGAGCUGAUGCUCAUGGCUGUCCUGAACUGCCUCUUCGAUUCACUGAGCCAGAUGCUGAGGAAGAACGUGGAGAAGCGAGCUCUGCUGGAGAACAUGGAGGGACUCUUCUUGGCUGUGGAUGAAAUUGUAGAUGGAGGAGUGAUCCUGGAGAGUGAUCCCCAGCAGGUGGCACACCGGGUGGCAUUACGGGGCGAAGAUGUCCCCCUGACGGAGCAGACCGUGUCUCAGGUGCUACAGUCAGCCAAAGAGCAGAUCAAGUGGUCACUCCUCCGGUGAAAAACCAGCGUUCCUGGCUCCUCCGCCCUCAGACACUCGGCCUGUCUGCCGGGACUCCUCAGCCGGUCCCCCACCUGAUGUGCUCAGGGUCAUCUCGGGGAUCACAGGGAUCCUUAAAUCUCCAUCUUGUUGUGGUUGUCUCCCCUCCCCCAUCCUCCCUGCACACUUCCUGUUCCUUCUCACCCCUUUCCCGGUUCUGGGAGCAGAGCCCCCCUGCAGAUCCGGAAGCAGGGCCAGGACGCCCCCACCUCCUUUCUGGAGAGGAUGCUCCCUGCUCUCCUGCCAUCACGUGCUCUCUCAACCCAGUGCCCUUUGCUGUACAUACUCUGCAGGUCCAAGUGGGAGAAGGCGUGUGCUGAAGUGUUUGCCUCCCUUUGCCUUUACCCAGCCCUCACCCCACAGCCCAGGCGUCCAGCAGGGGUCGAGAAGGAGCAUUCCUUCCUCUACAGUGCAUGCAGGUCCGGGGGCUCCAAACGCCACUGAACCCCACUGGUUGGCCCCAGUGUUUUCUCCUCUCUGCUUACUGCACUACCCUCUGCCUUGGACGAGUCAUUCAGAGGGCACAGAACAGAAGAAAUUGUAAUUGAAAUUCUAGUGGAGAGGGCUUAUAAAAUUCAUUCCCCACCCUGAUCCUGUAUAUGGCCUCAACGCUGCUGUGGCCUGUAGUGUUGCCCAUGGCAGCGUCCUCCUCUGGGGCCACCUUGAAUGUUCCCCCGUUACUGACUGUGGUGUCUUCGCCAGCUUUGUCCCUCUGUGUGCUGGAGCAAAGCCAGUCACUGGAACUCCAACUCCAUUCUAGCCUUGGGAAGAAGAAUUGUGCAGAACUGGAAGGAGUGAAACAUAGGACUUGGGCCUCUAGGCUCUCAGUCCGAGCUCCCCAAAAGCCUGGACCGCUUGACCUGGGGUCUGCACCUGCUGCUUGGCCCUCCCCUCUCUGCCUCCACUUGGGAUCUGAGCAGUAGGUCUGGGUUCUUCCCCGCCCUCCUCCUCCAAGGGAGGGGCCUUGCCUUUGGGAUUGGAUUUCCCCAGGGAGACAAGGAUGGAACUUCCACACUUGGGUCUAACCCUUCCCCAUGACCCAAAACUUCUUCCCCACAAAAAUGUCUUAGAAACCUUCCUGAGAUGUAGGCAUCCUGCCCCACCAACUGCCAGUUCUCCAGCAUGGGAGUGGUGCAGACAGCCAGGCAUCUCUGUGGAAGAGGGGUGUGGAGUCAGAAGGCAGCCACCUUCGUGUCCUGCUCUGUGCAGAGAGGAAUAAAACCCAUUUGUUUUUCCAAACUGC